AUGAUCUUUUUCAAUAAAGUCUAUGAUUGGUUCGAAGAACGUCUUGAGAUUCAGGCGAUUGCCGAUGAUAUAACUAGUAAAUAUGUCCCUCCUCAUGUCAACAUAUUCUAUUGUUUAGGAGGAAUUACACUUACUUGCUUUUUAGUCCAAGUAGCAACGGGGUUUGCUAUGACCUUUUAUUAUCGUCCGACCGUUACUGAGGCUUUUGCUUCGGUUCAAUAUAUAAUGACUGAGGCUAACUUUGGUUGGUUAAUCCGAUCUGUUCAUCGAUGGUCGGCAAGUAUGAUGGUUUUAAUGAUGAUCCUGCACGUAUUUCGUGUGUAUCUUACCGGCGGUUUUAAAAAACCUCGUGAAUUGACGUGGGUUACGGGCGUUGUUUUGGCUGUAUUGACCGCAUCUUUUGGUGUAACUGGUUAUUCCUUACCUUGGGACCAAAUUGGUUAUUGGGCAGUCAAAAUUGUAACAGGAGUACCCGAAGCUAUUCCCGGAAUAGGAUCGUCUGUCGUGGAAUUAUUAAGGGGAAGUGCUAGUGUAGGACAAUCUACCUUGACUCGUUUUUAUAGUUUACAUACUUUUGUAUUACCUCUUCUUACUGCUGUAUUUAUGUUAAUGCACUUUCCAAUGAUACGUAAGCAAGGAUGGAUCAAUAAGAAUUCACCUAUCCCAAUAACAAAAAAACCUGACUUGAAUGAUCCUGUAUUAAGAGCGAAAUUGGCUAAAGGAAUGGGUCAUAAUUAUUAUGGAGAACCCGCAUGGCCAAACGAUCUUUUAUAUAUUUUUCCCGUAGUUAUUCUAGGUACUAUUGCUUGUAACGUAGGUUUAGCAGUUUUAGAACCAUCAAUGAUUGGGGAACCCGCGGAUCCAUUUGCAACUCCUUUGGAAAUAUUGCCGGAAUGGUAUUUCUUUCCUGUAUUUCAAAUACUUCGUACAGUGCCCAAUAAGUUAUUGGGCGUUCUUUUAAUGGUUUCGGUACCCGCAGGAUUAUUAACAGUACCCUUUUUGGAGAAUGUUAAUAAAUUCCAAAACCCAUUUCGUCGUCCAGUAUCAACAACCAUCUUUUUGAUUGGUACUGCAGUAGCCCUUUGGUUGGGUGUUGGAGCAACAUUACCUAUUGAGAAAUCCCUAACUUUAGGUCUCUUUUAAAUUGAUUCACUUGUGAAUUAAAAUCUCAUAUAUAUUGGGUAUCUAGGGAGAAUUCACUUUGAAAGGACUACUCUCUAGAUACAUCUUUGAACCUACUCUCAGUAUGUAGAUUUUUUCUAAAUUUUUCUAAAGAUAAAGAUUCAAACUCCAUAUUUUCAUCUUUUUUUUCUUUCUUUUUUAUAAAAAAGAAAGAAAAAAAAGAUGAAAAAAACCUAAUGGAUUUCCAAUUUAUGCAAAAUGCUUUUCUUUCAAUUUCGAAUUUCUAAAAUGUCCAAGAUAUGUUUUACAUCUUCUAUCCGAAAAUCUUCUAUUUUCAUAAGGUUUUCGUGACUGGUAUUAAAAAGGUCCAAUAAUGUAUGUAUAUUGGACCUUUUGAGACAAUUAUAGAUCCUGGGAGGCAAUUCUAAUUGGUCAAUAAAAAAAGAUUUUAAUUCUAUCUCUUUUUUGUUUUUUCUUAGUUUAGCCAAUGUAUCAUGAAAAGUGAAACCGGGUAAAGUAACUUUGUGUUGAUUUUUUUCUAAUUUCAAGUUUUCUGCUCCCGCAUGUAAAAAAGGAAUAAAUAGGUCAAUCAAAUUACGGGAGGCUUCAUAAAGCGCUUCUUUAGGAGUUAAACUCCCAUUUGUCCAUAUUUCGAGAAAGAGUAUUUCUUGUUUUUCAUUCCCAUUCACAUAAGAAUGAAUACUAUGAUUUGCGUUUCGAACAGGCAUGAAUACUGCAUCUAUAGGAUAACUUCCGUCUUGAAAGUUUUUUAGUCUUUUUAUACAAUAUCCGCGAUUCCUCUCGAUUUGUAAUCUAAUACACAAAUUAAUGGGUUCUAUUAGGUUAGCUAUAUGUUGCGUAUUAUCAACAAUUUCCACAGAAGGUGGUAAAAUGAUGUCUUGAGCGGUUACAUAUCCGGGACCGUUGAUACAAAUAGAUGCGUCUCGAGUCCCAUACAGAUUACUUCUCAAUACUAUUUCUUUCAAA